GGGGGCGGGCCUAGUGUUUGCAAACAGGAAGUGUGGCAUUCCGCCUUCCGAACGGCGGGCCGGCAGCCAUGGAAGCCUACGAGCAGGUCCAAAGGGGUCCCCUGAAGCUGAAAGGCGUCGCAGAGCUCGGCGUGACCAAGCGGAAGAAGAAGAAGAAGGACAAAGACAAGGCGAAGCUCCUGGAAGCGAUGGGGACGAGCAAGAAGAGCGAGGAGGAGAAGCGGCGCUGCCUGGACAAGCGGACCCCGGCGCAGGCGGCCUUCGAGAAGAUGCAGGAGAAGCGGCAAAUGGAACGGAUCCUGAAGAAAGCAUCCAAAACCCACAAGCAGAGGGUGGAGGACUUCAACAGACACCUGGACACGCUCACGGAGCACUACGACAUCCCCAAAGUCAGCUGGACAAAGUAGCCCCCGGCCGCGCGCGAGGGGCGCCCUUGGGCGCCGCAACCCCCCAUCCCCUGCCCCCCUCCUCCUGGAACCCGAUUAAAGCGAGAACGCCCCCCACCCACGCGACUGUGCGUUCUUGGAGGGGAAACCUUGGUAGUCUGGGCCCGGAGCGCCGCGUUUGUAUCCGGAGGUCAAGGUCACCUCGCCAGUGUCUGCCCCCCCACCCCAUGAGACGGACACCCCAGGAGAGAGGCGCUAAGACGGCGUGGGCAGCCUUCGAGGCUCCGUGUGGCUUCUGCUGCUCCACACGGGCUCCGUGGGCUUGCAGCUCGGGUGGCAGACACGCCACUUAAGGUGAGCUGGAGUGAGAGCAGUACUUCCGGUGAGCCUGGAGGGGCAGCCCCACUUCCGGUGAGCCAGAGUGGCAGCACUACUUCCGGUGAGCCUGCAGCAGAAACCUCUCCGGUGAGAUGAACAGAAGCAGCACUUCCGGUGAAUUGCCACAGACACUUGAAACAGAAGUAGCACUUCCGGUGAGCUGGUUCAGGAGCAGCACUUCCGGUGAACAGCAGAAACCACUUCGGUGAGCUGCAGCAGUAGCCUCACUUCCGGUGAGCCCGGAGCACCCGCAGCACUCUUCUUCCAGGCGCCUCUGAUGGGUGUCCAGUGCCAAGGCAGACAUUGCUAAUCGAUCGCGAUGUUCCUCACCGUGGAAACCUUGGAGCACUGGUCCCUGAGUGGGCACGCGUGUGCUGUGAUGCGGCGGCCGCGAUGUUGGGAGAAACAGUGUCCGGGUGGCCCAGGCGCUCGGGAGAGGGGGCCGCGCCGGGGCGGGGGCUGUCUGGUAAAAGCCGCGGAAUAAAGCAAAAGCGUCACUGAA